CACACCUGCCUGUUGUGGACGCCUUCUCCGAGCCUCGAAUGCGUCUUACAAUCAAGUAUGGCAUGCACCCGUGCUGGCAUUCAUCCUUGUUUGUAUUGCAAAGGUACCAACUGACGUACAGUAUAAUGAUUGCCAGUCAUUUCGAUACCUGGUCACACUAACUGGUUAUAGAUGCCCUCUCUAGUCGAGUCAUCGGUCGCAAAUCGCGGGGAACUUGUUUGGGACUGAUCCGUGUAUAUUUUGUCACUAUAUGGUCAUUUAAUGACCGCAGAACACAUAUCAUCUCCCCCCAUCCCCCCCAUGAAUUUUCCCUGGAACCAUAUACCCAACCCAGAUCAACUUGCGGCCGAUCAAGACGGCCUCGAUGACAACCUUCCACGAUAUUCAACACAGUUGGAAUCCGUUUCCACAUCCACAUCCAUUUCCCAGUCCUUGGCCAUGUCACCACCACAAAUUGCCUACUCUUACUCUACCACCACGAUGCUUCCAUCUGUUCCAAAUCAUGGCUCCCAGUGGAAUAAUACACCAAAUAGCAUCCAGUACUACAAUACAGCAUUAGAAGGUGUCACCAGCAUCGGGUACUCCUCUUCUCCUGUAACAGGAAGCGGCUGCUCGUCACCAUCAACAUCCCAAAUGGCGUAUCCGAAUGGUCACUCUUCGUGGUCCACUACUCCCUCGCAGUAUACCGCGGUUAAUCAUACGCCUUUGCCUUCCAUCUUUGAUCAUAAUAUGUCCACCUCCGAUUUCUCGCCGUACAACACCUUGCCAUAUCAAUGGCAGACUCAUACCGUCCUUCGGCCGGGACAUCUAAGCUUGCCUUUCACGCCUAUGAUGCCUCCACCAUUGGCAGUGGAAUCUUCACGAGUAAUACAGCCUCAUGCAAGUCAUGGCGAACAAAUAGGCUACGCCUUAUCUCCCCUCCUGUCCUGCCGGUGGCUAAACGACGAUGCCGUUACACACUGCGAAUUCAUUGGGACAUUGGAGGAAUUAAAGACCCACUGUAAAGCCAUCCAUUUUACUGGCCCAACAGUAGUAAAGAUCGAAUGCCGAUGGGAGGGUUGCGACUACUACAAACGCAAUGACCCGACAGUUCGCGUCAUGCGACGCGAUACCAUCUGGCGUCACAUUUACGAGACCCACUUGAGGUUGAAGAGGGGUAGUAUCUAGGCUUCCGCACCUCUUUGUAUUGCAAGUUUGGUAAUUCCUUGUGUUGCACCACCGCUGGUCGCCCCGUGUUUUCUUAUGUCAUGUUAUGUUUGUUGUUCUCACUCCUCCUUGUUCUCAUCGACCGUUCGCCAUGGGUUCACUUUUUUCUUGUUUCAGUUUUUGUCCAUUCAAAGUGUACUACUUUAUGCUAGAUAAUGCUAUCUAGUCUAGGGGCCCCGCUGGAC